GGGCGCUUAAUGCAAAAGAACCUCUAAUCAGCGGAUAGAAGUUGGCCAUUGACAACUGAAUUGUACAAAUGAAGGUGGAGAUCACACAGAUCCAAGGGCCACAUCUGCUAGCCCAGGGUCGAGCAAGUCCUCUGUGAAGCAACCGAAAGGAACACUGUCUAACCUUUUGUCGGGCUGCGACUAUUCCUCCGCGAUAGACAAAAUCUGCAAGGUCGAUCCAGACAUCCCAAAGAGAGUGCGCAUGCUUUGCACGGCUCCAGGGGAACCAGAGUUUGACCCCAGAAGACAUACUGUUGAGGAAGGGGACGUGAUGCCUCGACCUGCUAUCAGGCGCAUUAAAAGGAAAUGUAUUCCGGAAAACGACAAGGAUGAAGAGUACUGGAAAAGGCGUAGAAAAAAUAACGAACAAGCCAAACGCUCCAGAGACACAAGGAGACUUCAAGAAAACCGUAUUAAAAUGCAUGUUAUCCACUUAAAGAGUGAGCUUAAAUCUGCCAAAGAGCAGUUGAAGAACGCUUUGCUCGAGAACGCACGGCUACGAAGUGUGGUAAAUAGUCAGAAGCCAGACGAUGGGUGACUGAUUGGAUAGAAAUGUCAGAAUAAGUACUUUUGGGAACCCGUUUGGCAUGAGAACUUUAAACUUUGAAGUUUGGUUAUAACUAUAAUACCUCCCGGUCCCCUCUUAAAAAUUGACUAAAAAAACAAAAACAAAAACAAAAAAAAAAAAAAAAAAAAAAGGGUAGUUUUCCACUGAGUUGACAAUAGUGGGCCUAUCUUUCAACAUCAGAUAAGAAAUCGUUUGACCGAAAGUCUAUUUAAAAGGAUUCACCCAAGCUUUAACUUUUGUCCAAAACCUUCGGUAUUAUAGUGAAGACCACUCAUGUACUCUUGUGAAACUGAACCCAUUUUGUCCAACCCCAUGUAGAUCAUGACGUUUCAUUGGUGAAGCGAACUUGUGAGGUGGCUGAAGGAUUCUCUGUAGUAAGAUAGAGUUUGGCUGUGCCAUAUAUGUCAGGCUUAACAACAUUUUCUUCAAUCCACCGUUCUCAAUUUCCAAAUUGAUUAGCUUUUAAUCAGUUUUGAACUCUACUCAUAUAUAAGAAAAUAACGUUUGGCGUAUAUAUGAAGCAGGGGCGGAUC